GCAUAGUACAAAUAAAAAGAUAAAAAUGGAGUACUCGAGACGAGAGUAUCUUCUCCUUCCCCUGGCGUAAACGAAAAUCUCCCGUCUCGUCUCCUCCGCUCCUUGCGCUUGCGCCAAGACGAGUCGCGGCAGCCGAUGGCGAGCAGAGCAGUGGAGGGGGAAGGGGAGGGGGAGGAGGAGGGGGAGGGGAAGGGUAACCUGGCUAAUGCACCGGAAGACAGUCACAAGCAUUGCCAAGGAGAAGAAUUAGAAGCUGGCCAGUCUUGCAAGAUAAAUUAUCAAGACAUCAUGGACAAGUGCGGUAUUGAAAUAUCUGAAAAAAGAAGGCGGCGAUGGUCAACAAAGGAGGAUGAGUCACUUAUUCAAAUGAUUAACAUAUAUGGGCAUAACAACUGGGAAACUGUUGCACGCGCUAUACCUGGUCGAAAUGCACAACAAUGCAGAGUAAGGUGGAAAUUCAAUCUAGACCCUGCAAUCAGCAAACAGGCGUGGUCACGAGAGGAGGAGCUAAGAUUGAUUCAUGUCCAACAAAUUUUUGGAAAUAAGUGGUGUAGAAUGGCUGAACAUUUCACAGGGAGGACAAGUGCUGCAAUCAAAGAACACUGGAGAGGUCCUAUGAAAAGAAAAUUAAAUUCGUAUUUAGCUUCAGGAUUGCUCAAAAAAUCUCCUGGUCUGCCUGAAAAUCUAUCAGUUUCGCAGAGUAGUGACUCAAAUAUUCUUCAGCAGUGUGAUGUUUCAUCUGAUGAGAAUAAACUGUUAUCAGAUUUACGACCAAGCCUAAAAUCUAAAGAAGGGGUGAGCUCAAAAUGUGAUGGUUCAUCUUCUGAUAAUCAACUGUUAUCAGAUUUACGAGCAAGCCUAAAAUCUAAAGGGGCAAGCUCAAAGUGUGAUGGUUCAUCUGGUGAUAAUCAACUGUUAUCAGAUUUACGAGCAAGCCUAAAAUCUAAAGGGGCAAGCUCAAAGUGUGAUGGUUCAUCUGGUGAUAAUCAACUGUUAUCAGAUUUACGAGCAAGCUUAAAAUCUAAAGGGGCAAGCUCAAAAUGUGAUGGUUCAUCUGAUGAGAAUAAACUAUUAUCAGAUUUACGAGCAUGCUUAAAAUCUAAACAAGGGGCAAGCUCAAAAUGUGAUGGUUCAUCUGGUGAGAAUCAGUUGUUAUCAGAUUUACAAGCAAGUUUAAUGUCUAAACAAAGAACAAGCUCAAAAUAUAAACAAGGGGCAAGCUCCAAAUAUAAACAAGGGGCAAGCUCCAAAUCUAAACAAGGGACAAGCUCAAAGUCUAAACAAGGGUUCAUAGACCUAUGUGAAAAUACUGAUACAUCAGAAGGAGAAAGUUCUGAGUUGAUAUGUACAGAAAGACCAGAUCCUGAUUCAGGUGAAGCUUCUCAGAGGAUAAGGGAUAGAUUGAAUUGGCGUAAAAGAGCAAGGAAGAAGCUGGUUUUCCUGUCAAGCCCGGUGGAGCUCAAGGUGUCUGCUGUGGCAGAAUCUGAAAGGCACUUACAGGAAAGUAAAGAAAUGAGUCCAGAAGUUAACAUCGUUUCUCCACCAGCUGUACUCCAAGGUUUUUCACCAGAAGUUCCAUCAGUAUGUGAAAAGAUUGUCGAACCACCACUGGCUGAUUUCAACCAAGCUAAGAAUGUUUGUUCUUUGGAGACCUCCUCAGACCCAUGCACACUGGAGCAACAUCUGGCGAAUGUCUCAGAUCUUCUAGACAUGUCAUACAUCGAUGGCUUGAUGAUCAUUCCUCCUUCAGGUUGCCCAUACGAUGGUGAUUUCAUAUGAGACAUGAAAGGGGCACAGACAAGUAGACCGCGCUGGUAUUGCACUAGCAAUCCAUUGUAAAAAAAAACAAGAAAACCGCUAUGCUGCUGUGCAUCUUUUGAUGAACUUACAUAGUUCCUGUCUAAUUAUCUUUGCAUUAGAUCAAGAACCUAUCUCGAAAAGAGCUAGCAAUGUUGUUCUGUUAGCAAUGUUGUCCUGUGCUGCAUCUUUUGACCCUCCAUAGGUACAAUAUAUGAGCAUGUGGUAUUGCGACAACAUAUUGUCUA